CCUCCACUCGCCGCCAUGUACCGCUACCUGGGCGAAGCGCUGCUGCUGUCCCGGACCGGGCCGGCCGCCGACUCAGCCCCGCUGUUGGGCCGGGCCCACGGGCAGCCCGCCGCUGCCCCACAGCCCGGGCUCGCGCCGGCUGCCCGACGCCACUACAGCGAGGCAGUGGCCGACCGCGAGGACGACCCUAACUUCUUCAAGAUGGUGGAGGGCUUCUUUGACCGCGGCCCCAGCAUCGUGGAGGACAAGCUAGUGGAGGACCUGAAGACCCUGGAGAGCGAGGAGCAGAAACGGAACCGGGUGCGCGGCAUCCUGCGGAUCAUCAAGCCUUGUAACCAUGUGCUGAGCCUCUCCUUCCCUAUCCGGGGCAACGACGGCUCCUGGGAGGUCAUCGAGGGCUACCGGGCCCAGCACAGACAGCACCGCACGCCGUGCAAGGGAGGUAUUCGUUACAGCACUGAUGUGAGCGUAGAUGAAGUAAAAGCAUUGGCUUCUCUGAUGACAUACAAGUGUGCAGUAGUUGAUGUACCAUUUGGGGGUGCUAAAGCCGGUGCUAAGAUUAAUCCCAAGAGCUAUACAGAUAAUGAACUGGAAAAGAUCACAAGGAGGUUCACCAUGGAGCUAGCAAAGAAGGGUUUUAUUGGUCCUGGCAUUGAUGUGCCUGCUCCGGAUAUGAGCACAGGCGAGAGGGAGAUGUCCUGGAUUGCUGACACCUAUGCCAGCACCAUGGGGCACUAUGACAUUAAUGCACAUGCCUGUGUUACUGGUAAACCUAUCAGUCAAGGAGGUAUCCAUGGAUGAAUCUCUGCUACUGGCCGUGGUGUUUUCCAUGGUAUUGAAAAUUUCAUCAAUGAAGCUUCUUACAUGAGCAUCUUAGGAAUGACACCAGGAUUUGGAGAUAAAACAUUUGUUGUUCAGGGAUUUGGUAAUGUGGGCUUGCACUCUAUGAGAUAUUUACAUCGUUUUGGUGCUAAAUGUGUUGGUGUUGGUGAAUCUGAGGGGAGUAUAUGGAAUCCAGAUGGUAUUGACCCAAAGGAACUAGAAGACUUCAAAUUGCAACAUGGAUCCAUUAUGGGCUUCCCUAAGGCAAAGCCCUAUGAAGGAAGCAUCUUGGAAGCUGACUGUGACAUACUCAUCCCUGCUGCCAGUGAGAAGCAGUUGACCAAAUCCAAUGCACCCAAAGAGAAAGCAAAGUUCAUUGCUGAAGGUGCCAAUGGGCCAACAACUCCAGAAGCUGAUAAGAUCUUCCUGGAGAGGAACAUUAUGGUUAUUCCAGAUCUCUACUUGAAUGCUGGAGGAGUGACAGUGUCUUACUUUGAGUGGUUGAAGAAUCUAAAUCAUGUCAGCUAUGGCCGUUUGACCUUCAAAUAUGAAAGGGAUUCUAAUUACCACUUGCUCAUGUCUGUUCAAGAGAGUUGAAGAAAAUUUGGAAAGCACGGUGGAACUAUCCCCAUUGUACCCACAGCAGAGUUCCAAGACAGGAUAUCGGGUGCCUCUGAGAAAGACAUUGUGCACUCUGGCUUGGCGUAUACAAUGGAGCGUUCUGCCAGGCAAAUUAUGCACACAGCCAUGAAGUAUAACCUGGGGUUGGACCUGAGAACAGCUGCUUAUGUCAAUGCCAUUGAGAAAGUCUUCAAAGUGUACAAUGAGGCUGGUGUGACCUUCACAUAGGUGGAUCAUGCCUGACUUCCUCACUACCCUCUUCACCUAUAACUUCUGCAGACCUAUCACAAGUUUACAUGUAACCACAAAAAUCUCUUUCUCUUGUGACUCAUUAAAUAAUGGACACCAUUCUCAAAAAGUCAAACCAAAUCAGCCCCUUAAGAAAAUUAACAUUAGGGAAUCGUGUACAAUCUGAUGAGUAUGAAAGUAUAUGUCACAUACAGAGAGACAUUUUAGGUAUGUUCCCUUUAAAUAAAAGUUCUCACUCUGGUUCAUGCCAGGGAAGGCACAGUCGGGAGCAGUUAGUUACGUGCUUCUUUUGCUCUGAACAAGUCUGGGACGUGCUGUAACUUUAACACAUUUAAGAAGUAGUAGCCUCGGGCGGCACCUGUGGCUCAG